AUGAUUCUUCAUCGAGUUGUGCGAUUUUGCCGGUUUAGCGGCCACUUCCUCUUCCUGAACGCGCAGCCCAACUCGUCCGAGUCGCUGCACCUCAUCAGCCCGCCCUACAUGUUCACGGCGCAGCAGUGCAUGCUGCGGCUGUCGCUGCACACGGCCAACGGCUCCAUCGCCGUGUUCGCCGAGUCGCAGCAGAGCAACGGCUCGUCCGUGCCGUGGGAGCUGGCGCACAACGUCAGCAACACGGGCAGCGCGUGGCAGCAGCACAACAUCUCCAUCGGGAGCGUGGCGCAGACCAUCCGCAUCGUGAUCGAGGUGACCAACGUGACGCGCAGCACGGGGCACGUGGCCAUCGACAACCUGCAGCUCGUCAGGUGCUUCCACGGUGAGUAA